UAAGCUUUGUAUUCUCGCUUUCCGAUUUCCUUGAAGAAUCCCCUUCGUUUUCCCCGAAGUGCAAUCGUUUCCCCGAUCCCCUCCUCUCUCUCUCUCUCUCUCCCUCCCUCUCUCUCUCUCUCUCUCUCUCUCUCUCUCUCUCUCUUUCUCUCUCUACUCGAACCCUAACCUACGACGAGUCGAUCGAUCGCUCCAUCGAUCUCGAUUCUUCGAUCGAUUCGUCGCUUCUUAUCGCUACGCCAGAUUUGAGUUGAAUCGGGAGGAAAAUGUCGAUGUUUAGUAGGAUCUUCGGGAAGCCCAAGGAGCAGACCAGUGCCCUGACGACGCUGGACAAGUUAAAUGAGACCCUUGAGAUGCUAGAAAAGAAGGAGAAAGUUCUUCAGAAGAAAGCAGCUGCUGAGGUCGAGAAGGCGAAAGAGUUCACCAGGGCAAAGAACAAAAGGGCUGCAAUACAAUGCUUGAAGAGGAAGAGACUUUAUGAGCAACAGGUUGAACAGCUUGGGAAUUUCCAAUUAAGGAUUCACGAUCAGAUGAUAAUGCUUGAAGGUGCAAAAGCUACAACUGAGACUGUUGAUGCAUUGAGAACUGGUGCAGCUGCUAUGAAAGCUAUGCAGAAAGCAACAAACAUCGAUGAUGUCGACAAGACUAUGGACGAAAUUAAUGAACAGACGGAGAACAUGAAGCAAAUACAAGAAGCAUUAUCUGCACCAAUUGGAGCAGCAGCUGAUUUUGAUGAAGAUGAAUUGGAAGCCGAACUCGAAGAGUUGGAGAGUGAGGAAUUGGAGGAGCAGCUUCUUCAACCAGCUACAACUGCACCUGCUGCUCCAAUACAUGUUCCAUCUGAUAAGCAACCGGUUCGGCCUGCUCCGAAGAAGACUAUGGCUGAAGAGGAUGAACUCGCAGCAUUACAAGCAGAAAUGGCAAUGUAAUCAGGUCUUUGACGCGCGAGUGGGCCAAGUCAUGUAAAGAAGCUGGUCGGAUGUGCUUCCAUGAUAGUCGUCGACAUUCCUCGUCGACGAAAAACUUACGUCUCUCUGUGUAUACAUUUUCUGGAAUAUAUAUAUAUAUAUGUAUCAACUCAUUGCUUAUGAUGAUAUCUUUGUGAUACUUUGCCAACAUUGUUCUGUAUUUACUAUUUACUAUUUUCAUCAGACGGAUCAAUUCCUGCAACAUGUGUCGGAGAUACGGGGGUAACCUAAGUAAUCGAGGAUUUCCGCCAUAUUAACUCAUUGUUAUUAUCUUAAAAGUAGGUGAUUAGUUA